CUCAGGAUUUACUCUCUUAACAGCUUUACAGCAGUGUUAAUUAUGUUUAUCACAUUGUACAUUGCAUCCUGAUUUUGUUGAUCUGAAGUGCCUCUUGGGCAUUUUGUGGUUUAAAAGCUCCCCGGGUGAUUCUAAUAUCAGCAAAGUUUGAGAACCAUUAGUCUAAGGCUUUGCUACCCAAUGUGUGGUCCAAAGACCACCACCAGCAGCAGUAGCUGGGAGUCUGUUGGAAAUGCAGAAUCUCAGGUCCCACCAAGAAUUAUUGAAUUAGAAUCAGCCAUUUACCAGGAUACCAUAGCUGGGUGAUUUUUAUGCACAUUAACUUUUGAGAAAUAUUGGGCUAAGGAGUUGGGAAGAGCUGGCAUUUUAGCCCUUUCUAAUUAGCUAGGUGACUCUGGAAAACCUCUCUAAGCCACAGGCUCCUUGCCUGUGAAAUGGACAUAAUGACUGAUUACCCUGUCAACAUUGCAAGCUGACUGGGGAGAAUUGUGAACUGCAGUACCAAAGACUCUUAGCUUAAUUUCAAGAAGAAUAAAGGUACUCAGGAAACACUGUGUCCCUUUUAACAGAGUUGCUGUGACCUUUUUUAGCACUGGUGAACAGAGGGCAAAUGAAGCAAAAUUCUGUCAGUGACCACCAUCACAGGCAUUCCUGUUCUACUUGUGUUAGUGAAGGUCCUUUGUAGGUGUGAAUUCAAGGUGAUGUUCAUUCAUUUGAAAGAAAUGCUUAUGAGACUCAAAUAUCUUUUUCUAAAAGGGUAAAUAAUAGCCCAAUGUCCUUGAAGGUACCUUGGGCAUCCUGCAUUACUGAGCGAUGUGACCAACUUAAUCAUACAGCGUCAUCUAUUCAUACUGUGUUAUCUUUAAUUUUCCCUUUUAGAUCUUAAUCUGUUGUUUCCCUCCUCCUCGGCCAAGAGCUAAUUUCUUUGUAGAAACUCAUAUAUAGGGUUCCUUUUUUUUUUCUCUUCAAGCCACUAACUUCUGUAAUCAUCACUUUUUUUCCUUAAUUUCUCUUUCACCCCCCGAACUAUUUUCUCAUUGUUCCUGUUUUGCUUCCUGAUCUAAGACAUGGAAAAUGACUUGUCCAGUAAAGUUUACAUUGGAUUGAAAGGGCAUGAAAAUACUUUCUUUGUAGUGUAAUCAUUUCCACAUUAAGAGGGAAGUAGAAAUGUCUAAUGGGAUAACCAUAAAGAAGUACCCUCAACUAAUCUUUCUAAGCAGGAUGACAAUGAGUAAUGAUUACAGUUAAUUAAGUUGGGCAACCUCCAUUUCCAUUCACUUAGCAGCACUGCUAAUUAUAUACUCAUUCUACAAGGUUUCUUUAGUCCUUCCGUAAUUUGGAUGCAGUACUCUUUGCAGGCACUGGGAUAUGGUACAAUUAAUGAGCUUUUUCCCACCAACACCUCCUGUUCUCUCCAAAUGAAAUUUCCACGUCUGGAAAUUGAGAAUAGAAAAGGAGAAGGGGGUGGGGAACAGUCAUGUUUUAACUUACUUCCAGCACAGCACAUAUUUGUAAUUGCAGAAUAUUUUAUGGUAAAGAAAACAGUAACAUUUAAUUUCCUUGAGAGCCCUGGGAAAUUGUGGUUUAUUUCAAAAGGAAAUAAGUCCAGAACUCGGCUUUUUAAAAUAUAAAUGACAAUGACAUAUUGCAUUGUAGGCUUUUGUUCAGUUUAAAUAACUACGUAUUGAGUAGGUACUAUUUGCCAGGCCCUGAAUCUACUAAACGAAAAGGAAAGAAGCCCUAACUCUGACUCCAGGUUUCUUCACCUGGACUUCAAUCAUUUUAACAACUUAUUCUUUAAAGGAAACUGAGAGAAUGGCAGCUCUACUUGGGUAUAUUGUUAAUGAAGCACUUGAAAAAAAUUAGUUUAUGUGCUUUGAUCAGAUGGGGAUUGACGUACUUAAGAGUUUUAUUUUUAAUCUGAAAAUCCACUUCAACCUUAGGCUCUGGGUAAACAGUUAUUACACAAGGCUGGCACAGUUCUGUACUUUCAAGAAGCAAGAUUCAAGGUUUAACUUCAAAUAUUAUCUUGAGUAAGUUAUUCAUAUUAUUCCUUUUAUUUAAAAAAAAUCAAGGUUUACAUGAUGGGUUUUUCCUUCAAUCUUCAGUAAUCUCCAUUUACUUUAAGAAUUAAUUUCUGCACUGUGGCUUGUGUUUAAGAUUGUUCCAGAUUUUAGAAUUCAUUUUUAAAGGUAUAUCUGGAAGAAGAUAUUUGUCAAGAGCUUUUAUUUUUAUAUUUUCAUAGGAAUUUCAAAGGUGUUUUGAGAAGCACUGGACAUUUUUAGAGGUUUUUUUGUUUGUUUGUUUUUUGUGGGUUUUUUUUAACCUUCCUAGCAUCACACAGGUGCACGACUUCACAGGUCCAGUCUCUUCUUUAUGCGUCCUCCUUUCUGCUUCUCUUUCAUAACAUCAGUUUUUGCAUAAAUGAGUACAGUGUCGAGUUCACAUGAAAACUAGACAAAAAUACAGGUGUCCUCAUAAUAAUCAGCUCCUUUAAUUCUCCUCUCUAGUUUACACUUCAGUCCCAGAGAAAUCCUACAUAAAGCAGGCGGCACAGUUAUUACUAGAGGAACUGAGGUUACUGAUUAGAAGGGAACAUAAUCAGGUAGAUUGAGCCUGUGAGGGAAGAAACCAUUUCUGAGAGAGGGGAGUGUUUGCAAAAUGUUCUCUGUGAAUCUGGGCAGAAUACCUCACUUUUCAAGGCAACCGGAGUGGAAGAAACAGGUGCAAAAAGAUUGUGUGCCUGUCUGCUUUUGUGAAGCUGGUCAGAGAUUAUGUACCUGCUUUAUCUGUACUUGGCUAUGACUCUACCUCCAGGUUUAUCAGACCCCAUAGAAUGUGUAAGAGAAAAGUACCAACAGGGAAAUCAGCAAAAAGCUUUCCUAUGAAGGUGUAGGAAGCCACCGCAGAAUUUGAAAUGUCUGAGGUCUCAUCUGAUGAAAGAGAAGAUGUUCAAAAGAAAACAUUCACAAAAUGGAUAAAUGCACAAUUUUCUAAGUUUGGGAAGCAGCACAUAGAAAACCUCUUCAAUGACCUGCAGGAUGGGAGACGCCUCCUAGACCUUCUUGAAGGCCUGACAGGGCAAAAACUGCCAAAAGAAAAAGGAUCCACAAGAGUUCAUGCCCUGAACAAUGUCAACAAAGCACUGCAGGUCUUGCAGAAAAAUAAUGUUGAUUUAGUGAAUAUCGGAAGCACUGACAUAGUAGAUGGAAAUCAUAAACUGACUCUUGGUUUGAUUUGGAAUAUAAUCCUCCACUGGCAGGUCAAAAAUGUAAUGAAGAAUAUCAUGGCUGGAUUGCAACAAACUAACAGUGAAAAGAUACUCCUGAGCUGGGUCCGACAAUCAACUCGUAAUUAUCCACAGGUUAAUGUCAUUAACUUCACCACCAGCUGGUCUGAUGGUCUGGCUUUGAAUGCUCUCAUCCACAGUCAUAGGCCAGACCUGUUUGAUUGGAAUAGUGUGGUUUGCCAGCAGUCAGCCACACAACGACUGGAACAUGCAUUCAACAUCGCCAAGUAUCAGUUAGGCAUAGAGAAACUACUGGAUCCUGAAGAUGUUGCCACCACUUAUCCGGAUAAGAAGUCCAUCUUAAUGUACGUCACAUCACUCUUCCAAGUUCUGCCUCAACAAGUGAGCAUUGAAGCCAUCCAAGAAGUGGAAAUGUUGCCACGGCCAUCUAAAGUUACUAGAGAAGAACAUUUUCAAUUACAUCAUCAAAUGCACUAUUCUCAACAGAUCACAGUCAGUCUAGCGCAGGGCUAUGAACGAACUCCUUCCUCUCCUAAGCCUCGGUUCAAGAGCUAUGCCUACACCCAGGCUGCUUAUGUCACCACCUCUGACCCCACACGGAGCCCAUUUCCUUCACAGCGUUUGGAAUCUCCUGAAGACAAGUCAUUUGGCAGUUCAUUGUUGGAGACUGAAGUAAACCUGGACAGUUACCAAACAGCUUUAGAAGAAGUACUCUCAUGGCUUCUUUCAGCUGAGGACACACUGCAAGCACAAGGAGAGAUUUCUAAUGAUGUAGAGGAAGUGAAAGAACAAUUUCAUACUCAUGAGGGAUACAUGAUGGACUUGACAUCCCAUCAGGGACAAAUUGGCAGUGUUCUCCAAUUGGGCAGUCAACUGAUUGGAAAAGGGAAAUUAUCAGAAGAUGAAGAAACUGAAGUGCAAGAACAAAUGAAUCUCCUAAAUUCAAGAUGGGAAUGCCUCAGGGUAGCAAGUGUGGAAAAACAAAGCAAUUUACAUAAAGUCCUGAUGGAUCUUCAGAAUCAGCAACUGAAAGAGUUAAAUGACUGGCUAACAAAAACAGAAGAGAAAACAAGGAAAAUGGAAAAAGAACCCCUUGGACCUGAUCUUGAGGACCUAAAACAGCAAAUACAACAACAUAAGGUGCUUCAGGAAGACCUAGAGCAGGAACAAGUCAGGGUCAAUUCUCUCACGCACAUGGUGGUGGUAGUCGAUGAAUCUAGUGGAGAUCAUGCAACUGCUGCUUUGGAAGAACAGCUUAAGGUACUGGGAGAUAGGUGGGCAAACAUCUGUAGGUGGACAGAAGAUCGAUGGGUUCUUUUACAAGACAUCCUUUUAAAAUGGCAACGUUUUACUGAAGAACAGUGCCUUUUUAGUACGUGGCUUUCUGAAAAAGAAGAUGCAUUGAACAAGAUUCACACAACUGGCUUUAAGGACCAAGGUGAAAUGUUAUCAAGUCUUCAAAAACUGGCUGUUUUAAAAACAGAUCUAGAAAAGAAAAAGCAAACCAUGGACAAACUCAGUUCACUCAACCAAGAUCUUCUUUCAACACUGAAAAAUACAUUAGUAGCCCAAAAGAUGGAAGCAUGGCUGGACAGCUUUGCACAGCGUUGGGAUAAUUUAGUCCAAAAACUUGAAAAGAGUUCAACACAGAUUUCACAGGCUGUCACCACCACUCAGCCAUCACUAACACAGACAACUGUAAUGGAAACGGUAACCAUGGUGACCACAAGGGAACAAAUUCUGGUAAAGCAUGCCCAAGAGGAACUUCCACCACCACCUCCUCAAAAGAAGAGGCAGAUUAUUGUGGAUUCUGAAAUUAGGAAAAGGUUGGAUGUCGAUAUAACUGAACUUCACAGUUGGAUUACUCGUUCAGAAGCUGUGUUACAGAGUCCUGAAUUUGCAAUCUAUCGAAAGGAAGGCAACUUCUCAGAUCUUAAAGAAAAAGUCAAUGCCAUAGAGCGAGAAAAAGCCGAGAAGUUCAGAAAACUGCAAGAUGCCAGCAGAUCAGCUCAGGCCCUGGUGGAACAGAUGGUGAAUGAGGGUGUUAAUGCUGACAGUAUCAAACAAGCUGCAGAGCAACUGAACAGCCGGUGGAUAGAGUUCUGCCAAUUGCUAAGUGAGAGACUUAACUGGCUGGAGUAUCAGAACAGAAUCAUCACUUUCUAUAAUCAGCUACAACAAUUGGAGCAGAUCACAACUGCUGCUGAAAACUGGUUGAAAACCCAACCCAUUACCACAUCGGAGCCAACAGCAGUUAAAAGCCAGUUAAAAAUUUGUAAGGAUGAAGUCAACCGUCUGUCAGCUCUUCAGCCUCAAAUCGAGCGAUUAAAAAUUGAAAGCAUAGCCCUGAAAGAGAAAGGACAAGGGCCAAUGUUCCUGGAUGCAGACUCUGUGGCCUUUACAAAUCAUUUUAACCAAGUCUUUGCUGAUAUGCAGGCCAAAGAGAAAGAGCUGCAGAUAAUUUUUGAUACCUUGCCACCAAUGCGCUAUCAGGAGACCAUGAGUACCAUCCUCACUUGGAUCCAGCAUUCAGAAGCCAAACUCUCUAUACCUCAGGCUACUGUCACUGAAUAUGAAAUCAUGGAGCAGAGACUUGGGGAGUUACAGGCUUUACAAAGCUCUCUGCAAGAGCAACAAAAUGGCUUAAACUAUCUCAGCACCACUGUGAAAGAAAUGUCAAAGAAAGCGCCCUCUAAUAUUAGCCGGAAAUACCAAUCAGAAUUUGAAGAGAUUGAAGGCCGGUGGAAGAAACUGUCUGCCCAGCUGAUGGAACAUUGCCAAAAGCUAGAGGAGCAAAUAGCUAAACUCCGAAAACUUCAGAAUCACAUCAAAACCCUGAAGAACUGGAUGGCUGAAGUUGAUAUUUUCCUGAAAGAGGAAUGGCCUGCCCUUGGGGAUUCAGAAAUUCUUAGAAAACAGCUGAAACAGUGCAGGCUUUUAGUAAGUGAUAUUCAGACCAUUCAACCCAGUCUAAACAGUGUCAAUGAAGGUGGACAGAAGAUAAAGAAAGAAGCGGAGCCAGAGUUUGCUUCUAGACUGGAGACAGAACUCAGAGAACUUAACACUCAGUGGGAUUACAUCUGCCGACAGGUCUAUGCCAGAAAGGAGGCCUUAAAGGGAGGUUUGGAUAAAACUAUAAGCCUUCAGAAAGAUCUAUCAGAGAUGCAUGAAUGGAUGACACAAGCUGAAGAAGAAUACCUAGAGAGAGAUUUUGAAUAUAAAACCCCAGACGAAUUACAGACAGCAGUUGAAGAGAUGAAGAGAGCUAAAGAAGAGGCCCAGCAAAAAGAAGCAAAGGUGAAACUCCUCACUGAGUCUGUAAACAGUGUCAUAGCUCAAGCUCCACCUGCAGCACAAGAGGCCUUAAAAAAGGAACUUGACACUCUAACCACCAACUACCAGUGGCUCUGUACCAGGCUGAAUGGGAAAUGCAAGACUUUGGAAGAAGUUUGGGCAUGCUGGCAUGAGUUAUUGUCAUACUUGGAGAAGGCAAACAAGUGGCUAAGCGAAGUAGAAUUUAAACUUAAGACCACUGAAAAUAUUCCUGGUGGAGCUGAGGAAAUCUCUGAGGUGCUAGAGUCACUUGAAAAUCUGAUGCAACAUUCAGAGGAUAACCCGAAUCAGAUUCGCAUAUUGGCACAGACCCUAACAGAUGGCGGAGUCAUGGAUGAACUGAUCAAUGAAGAACUUGAGACAUUUAAUUCUCGUUGGAGAGAACUGCAUGAAGAGGCCGUGAGGAGACAAAAGUUGCUUGAACAAAGUAUCCAGUCUGCACAGGAGAUCGAAAAAUCCUUACACUUAAUUCAGGAUUCCCUCUCAUCCAUUGACCACCAGUUGGCAGUUUAUAUUGCUGACAAAGUAGAUGCAGCUCAAAUGCCUCAGGAAGCCCAGAAAAUUCAAUCUGAUUUGACAAGUCAUGAGAUCAGCUUAGAAGAAAUGAAGAAACAUUACCAGGGAAAGGAAGCUGCCCCAAGGGUACUAUCCCAAAUUGAACUGGCACAGAAAAAAUUGCAAGAUGUUUCCAUGAAGUUUCGAUUAUUCCAGAAGCCAGCCAAUUUUGAGCAGCGUCUGCAAGAAAGUAAGAUGAUUUUAGAUGAAGUGAAGAUGCACUUGCCUGCAUUGGAAAUAAAGAGUGUUGAACAGGAAGUAGUACAGUCACAGUUAAAUCAUUGUGUGAACUUGUAUAAAAGUCUGAGUGAGGUGAAGUCUGAAGUGGAGAUGGUGAUCAAAACUGGACGUCAGAUUGUACAGAAGAAGCAAACAGAAAACCCUAAGGAGCUUGAUGAAAGAGUAACAGCUUUGAAAUUACAUUAUAAUGAGCUGGGAGCAAAGGUAACAGAAAGAAAGCAACAGUUGGAGAAAUGCUUGAAAUUGUCCCGCAAGAUGCGAAAGGAAAUGAAUGUCUUGACAGAAUGGCUGGCAGCUACAGAUACGGAAUUGACAAAGAGAUCAGCAGUUGAAGGAAUGCCUAGUAAUUUGGAUUCUGAAGUUGUCUGGGGAAAGGCUACUCAGAAAGAGAUCGAGAAACAGAAGUUUCACCUAAAGAGCAUCUCAGAGAUAGGAGAGGCCUUGAAAAUGGUUUUGGGCAAGAAGGAGACCUUGGUGGAAGAUAAACUGAGUCUUCUGAAUAGUAACUGGAUCGCGGUCACUUCUCGAGCAGAAGAGUGGUUAAACCUUUUGUUGGAGUAUCAGAAACACAUGGAAAACUUUGAUCAGAAUGUGGAUCACAUCACAAAGUGGAUCAUUCAGGCUGAUACACUUUUGGAUGAAUCUGAGAAAAAGAAACCACAGCAAAAAGAAGACGUGCUUAAGCGUUUAAAGGCUGAAAUGAAUGACAUGCGCCCAAAAGUGGAUUCCACACGUGACCAAGCAGCAAACUUGAUGGCAAACCGUGGUGACCACUGCAGAAAAGUAAUAGAGCCCAAAAUCUCAGAGCUCAACCAUCGAUUUGCAGCCAUUUCUCACAGAAUUAAGACUGGAAAGGCCUCCAUUCCUUUGAAGGAAUUGGAGCAGUUUAACUCAGAUAUACAAAAAUUGCUUGAACCACUGGAGGCUGAAAUUCAGCAGGGGGUGAAUCUGAAAGAGGAAGACUUCAAUAAAGAUAUGAGUGAAGACAAUGAGGGUACUGUAAAAGAAUUGUUGCAAAGAGGAGACAACUUACAACAAAGAAUCACAGAUGAGAGAAAGCGAGAGGAAAUAAAGAUAAAACAGCAGCUGUUACAGACAAAACAUAAUGCUCUCAAGGAUUUGAGGUCUCAAAGAAGAAAAAAGGCUCUAGAAAUUUCUCACCAGUGGUAUCAGUACAAGAGGCAGGCUGAUGAUCUCCUGAAAUGCUUGGAUGACAUUGAAAAAAAAUUAGCCAGCCUACCUGAACCCCAAGAUGAAAAGAAAAUAAAGGAAAUUGAUCGGGAAUUGCAGAAGAAGAAAGAGGAGCUGGAUGCAGUGCGUAGGCAAGCUGAGGGCUUGUCUGAGGAUGGGGCAGCAAUGGCAGUGGAGCCAACUCAGAUCCAGCUCAGCAAGCGCUGGCGGGAAAUUGAGAGCAAAUUUGCUCACUUUCGAAGACUCAACUUUGCACAAAUUCACACUGUCCAUGAAGAAUCAGUGAUGGUGAUGACUGAAGACAUGCCUUUGGAAAUUUCAUAUGUGCCUUCUGCUUAUCUGACUGAGAUCACUCAUGUCUCACAAGCCCUCUCAGAAGUGGAACAACUUCUCAAUGCUCCUGACCUCUGUGCUAAAGAUUUUGAAGAUCUCUUUAAACAAGAGGAGUCUCUGAAGAAUAUAAAAGACAGCCUGCAACAGAUCUCAGGUCGGGUUGACAUUAUCCACAAUAAAAAGACAGCAGGAUUGCAAAGUGCCACACCUGUGGAAAGGACAAGGCUACAGGAAGCUCUCUCACAGCUCGAUUUCCAAUGGGAAAGAGUUAACAAAAUGUAUAAGGACCGACAAGGGAAAUUUGACAGAUCUGUUGAAAAAUGGCGACGGUUUCAUUAUGAUAUGAAGAUAUUUAAUCAAUGGCUAACAGAAGCUGAACACUUUCUCAAAAAGACACAAAUUCCUGAAAAUUGGGAACAUGCCAAAUACAAAUGGUAUCUUAAGGAACUCCAGGAUGGCAUUGGGCAGCGGCAAACUAUUGUCAGAGUGUUGAAUGCAACUGGGGAAGAAGUAAUUCAGCAGUCCUCAAAAACAGAUGCCAGUAUUCUACAAGAAAAAUUGGGAAGCCUGAAUCUUCGGUGGCAGGAAGUCUGCAAACAGCUGGCAGAAAGAAAAAAGAGGCUAGAAGAACAAAAAAAUAUCUUGUCAGAAUUUCAAAGAGAUUUAAAUGAAUUUGUUUUAUGGCUGGAAGAAGCAGACAACAUUACUAGUGUUGCACUUGAGCCUGGAAAUGAGCAGCAACUAAAAGAAAAACUUGAAGAAAUCAAGUUACUGGCUGAAGAGUUGCCCCUGCGCCAGGGAAUUCUAAAACAAUUAAAUGAAACUGGAGGAACAGUGCUUGUAAGUGCUCCCAUAAGCCCAGAAGAGCAAGAUAAAAUUGAAAAUAAGCUCAAGCAGACAAAUCUUCAGUGGAUAAAGGUUUCCAGAAUUUUACCUGAGAAACAAGGAGAAAUUGAGGCUCACAUAAAAGACCUUGGACAGCUUGAAGAACAAUUAAAUCAUCUGCUUGUGUGGCUAUCUCCUAUUAAGAAUCAGUUGGAAAUUUACAACCAACCAAAUCAAACAGGACCAUUUGACAUCAAGGAAACUGAAGUAGCAGUUCAAGCUAAACAGCCGGAUGUGGAAGGGAUUUUGUCUAAAGGGCAGCAUUUGUACAAGGAAAAACCAGCCACUCAGCCAGUGAAGAGAAAGUUAGAAGAUCUGAGCUCAGAGUGGAAGGCGGUAACGCAUUUACUGCAAGAGCUGAGGGCAAAGUGGCCUGGCCCAACCCCUGGACUGACCACUAUUGAAGCACCUACUAGUCAGACUGUUACUCUGGUGACACAACCCACAGUUACCAAGGAAACUGCCAUCUCCAAACCAGAAAUGCCAUCUUCCUUGCUGUUGGAGGUACCUGCUCUGGCAGAUUUCAACAGGGCUUGGACAGAACUUACCGACUGGCUGUCUCUGCUUGAUCGAGUUAUAAAAUCACAGAGGGUGAUGGUGGGUGAUCUUGAAGACAUCAACGAGAUGAUCAUCAAGCAGAAGGCAACACUGCAGGAUUUGGAACAGAGGCGCCCCCAGUUGGAAGAACUCAUUACUGCUGCCCAGAAUUUGAAAAACAAGACCAGCAAUCAAGAAGCCAGAACAAUAAUUACUGAUCGAAUUGAAAGAAUACAGAGUCAGUGGGAUGAGGUCCAGGAACACCUUCAGAACAGAAGGCAACAGUUGAAUGAAAUGUUAAAAGAUUCAACACAAUGGCUGGAAGCUAAGGAAGAAGCUGAGCAAGUCUUGGGCCAGGCCAGAGCCAAGCUUGAGUCAUGGAAGGAGGGUCCCUACACAAUGGAUGCAAUCCAAAGGAAAAUCACAGAAACCAAGCAAUUGGCCAAAGACCUCCGCCAGUGGCAGAUAAAUGUAGAUGUGGCAAAUGACUUGGCGCUGAAACUUCUCCGGGAUUAUUCUGCAGAUGAUACCAGAAAAGUACACAUGAUCACAGAGAACAUCAAUGCCUCCUGGGCAAACAUUCAUAAAAGAUUGAGUGAGCGAGAGACUGUUUUGGAAGAAACUCAUAGAUUACUGCAACAGUUCCCCCUGGAUUUGGAGAAGUUUCUUGCCUGGCUUACAGAGGCUGAAACAACUGCCAACGUCCUACAGGAUGCUACCCAUAAGGAGAGACUUCUAGAAGACUCCAAGGGAGUCAGAGAGCUGAUGAAACAAUGGCAAGACCUCCAAGGAGAAAUCGAGGCUCACACAGAUAUCUAUCACAACCUAGAUGAAAAUGGCCAAAAAAUCCUGAGAUCCCUGGAAGGUUCCGAUGAUGCCAUCCUGUUACAAAGACGUUUGGAUAAUAUGAACUUCAAGUGGAGUGAGCUGAGGAAAAAGUCUCUCAACAUUAGGUCCCAUUUGGAAGCCAGUUCUGACCAGUGGAAGCGUCUGCACCUCUCUCUUCAGGAACUUUUGGUGUGGCUACAGCUGAAAGAUGAUGAGUUAAGCCGGCAGGCACCUAUCGGAGGCGAUUGCCCUGCAGUUCAGAAGCAGAAUGAUGUACACAGGGCCUUCAAGAGGGAAUUGAAAACGAAAGAACCUGUAAUCAUGAGUACUCUUGAGACUGUACGAAUAUUUCUUACAGAGCAGCCUUUGGAAGGACUAGAGAAACUCUACCAGGAGCCCAGAGAGCUGCCUCCUGAGGAGAGAGCCCAGAAUGUCACAAGGCUCCUACGAAAGCAGGCUGAGGAGGUCAACACUGAGUGGGAGAAACUGAACCUGCACUCUGCUGACUGGCAGAGAAAAAUAGAUGAGGCCCUCGAAAGACUCCAGGAACUUCAGGAGGCAACGGAUGAGUUGGACCUCAAACUCCGCCAAGCUGAGGUGAUCAAGGGAUCGUGGCAGCCUGUGGGAGAUCUCCUCAUUGACUCCCUCCAAGAUCACCUCGAAAAAGUCAAGGCACUUAGAGGAGAAAUGGCACCUCUCAAAGAGAAUGUAAGCCACGUCAAUGACCUUGCUCGCCAACUCACCACAUUGGGCAUUCAGCUGUCCCCAUAUAACCUCAGCACUCUGGAAGACCUGAACACCAGAUGGAAGCUUCUGCAGGUGGCUGUUGAGGACCGCAUCAGGCAGCUGCAUGAGGCCCACAGGGACUUUGGCCCAGCAUCCCAGCACUUCCUUUCCACUUCUGUCCAAGGUCCCUGGGAGAGAGCCAUCUCACCAAACAAAGUGCCCUACUAUAUCAACCACGAGACCCAAACAACUUGCUGGGACCAUCCCAAAAUGACAGAGCUCUACCAGUCUUUAGCUGACCUGAAUAAUGUCAGGUUCUCGGCUUAUAGGACUGCCAUGAAGCUCCGAAGACUGCAGAAGGCCCUUUGCUUGGAUCUCUUGAGCCUGUCAGCUGCAUGCGAUGCCUUGGACCAGCACAACCUCAAGCAGAAUGACCAGCCCAUGGACAUCCUGCAGAUCAUUAAUUGUUUGACCACUGUUUAUGAUCGCCUGGAGCAAGAGCACAACAAUCUGGUCAACGUCCCCCUCUGCGUGGAUAUGUGUCUCAACUGGCUGCUGAAUGUUUAUGACACGGGACGAACGGGGAGGAUUCGGGUCCUGUCUUUUAAAACUGGCAUCGUUUCUCUGUGUAAAGCACACUUGGAAGACAAGUACAGAUACCUGUUCAAGCAAGUGGCCAGUUCAACAGGAUUUUGUGACCAGCGCAGACUGGGCCUCCUUCUGCAUGAUUCUAUCCAAAUCCCAAGACAGCUGGGAGAAGUUGCAUCCUUUGGGGGAAGCAACAUUGAGCCAAGUGUCAGGAGCUGCUUCCAAUUUGCUAAUAAUAAGCCUGAGAUCGAAGCGGCCCUCUUCCUAGACUGGAUGAGACUGGAACCUCAGUCCAUGGUGUGGCUGCCCGUCCUACACAGAGUGGCUGCUGCAGAAACUGCCAAGCAUCAGGCCAAGUGUAACAUCUGCAAGGAGUGUCCAAUCAUCGGCUUCAGGUACAGGAGCUUAAAGCACUUUAAUUAUGACAUCUGCCAAAGUUGCUUUUUUUCUGGUCGAGUUGCAAAAGGCCAUAAAAUGCACUAUCCCAUGGUGGAAUAUUGCACUCCGACUACAUCGGGAGAAGAUGUUCGUGACUUCGCCAAGGUACUAAAAAACAAAUUCCGAACCAAAAGGUAUUUUGCGAAGCAUCCCCGAAUGGGCUACCUGCCAGUGCAGACUGUCUUAGAGGGGGACAACAUGGAAACUCCUGUUACUCUGAUCAACUUCUGGCCGGUAGAUUCUGCGCCUGCCUCGUCCCCUCAGCUUUCACACGAUGAUACUCAUUCACGCAUUGAACAUUAUGCUAGCAGGCUAGCAGAAAUGGAAAACAGCAAUGGAUCUUAUCUAAAUGAUAGCAUCUCUCCUAAUGAGAGCAUAGAUGAUGAACAUUUGUUAAUCCAGCAUUACUGCCAAAGUUUGAACCAGGACUCCCCCCUGAGCCAGCCUCGUAGUCCUGCCCAGAUCUUGAUUUCCUUAGAGAGUGAGGAAAGAGGGGAGCUAGAGAGAAUCCUAGCAGAUCUUGAGGAAGAAAACAGGAAUCUGCAAGCAGAAUAUGAUCGUCUGAAGCAGCAGCAUGAACAUAAAGGCCUGUCCCCACUGCCGUCCCCUCCUGAAAUGAUGCCCACCUCUCCCCAGAGCCCCCGGGAUGCUGAGCUCAUUGCUGAGGCCAAGCUACUGCGUCAACACAAAGGCCGCCUGGAAGCCAGGAUGCAAAUCCUGGAAGACCACAAUAAACAGCUGGAGUCCCAGUUACAUAGGCUAAGGCAGCUGCUGGAGCAACCCCAGGCAGAGGCCAAGGUGAAUGGUACUACAGUGUCCUCUCCUUCUACCUCUCUUCAGAGGUCAGACAGCAGUCAGCCUAUGCUGCUCCGGGUGGUUGGCAGUCAAACUUCAGAAUCCAUGGGCGAGGAAGAUCUUCUCAGUCCUCCCCAGGACACAAACACAGGAUUAGAGGAAGUGAUGGAGCAACUCAACAACUCUUUCCCGAGCUCAAGAGGACACAAUGUAGGAAGCCUUUUCCACUUGGCAGAUGAUUUGGGCAGAGCGAUGGAGUCCUUAGUUUCAGUCAUGACAGAUGAAGAAGGGGCAGAAUAAAUGUUUUACAACUCCUGAUUCCCGCAUGGUUUUUAUAAUAUUCAUACAACAAAGAGGAUUAGACAGUAAGAGUUUACAAGAAAAAAAUCUAUAUUUUUGUGAAGGGUAGUGGUACUAUACUGUAGAUUUCAGUAGUUUCUAAGUCUGUUAUUGUUUUGUUAACAAUGGCAGGUUUUACACGUCUAUGCAAUUGUACAAAAAAGUUAUAAGAAAACUACAUGUAAAAUCUUGUUAGCUAAAUAACUUGCCAUUUCUUUAUAUGGAACGCAUUUUGGGUUGUUUAAAAAUUUAUAACAGUUAUAAAGAAAGAUUGUAAACUAAAGUGUGCUUUAUAAAAAAAAAAGUUGUUUAUAAAAACCCCUAAAAAUAAACAUAUACACACACACAUACACACACACACAAACUCUGAGGCAGCGCAUUGUUUUGCAUCCUUUUAGCGUGACAUCCAUAUGAAAUUCAUGGCUUUUUUCUUUUCUUACAUAUUAAAGAUAGGACUUCCUCUAACACCACCAAAUGACUACUUCACAUCGCUCUUUUUCGAGUUGUUGACUUAGUGGGACUAGCUGUGGGUUUUCAUUGUAUACAUCUAUAUGUCUAUAAGUAUGUAAAUACUAUAGGUAUAUAGAUAAUUAGAUACAAAAUUCUUGUUCAAAUGUUCUUGCCACUUCCAAAUGGAAAGAAACUGCUUCUGGUCAUCCAGGCUUACCUGUUUUGGUCUAGAAUGAAUUUUCCCUGGAACCUGAAGCCAGAGGGAAACCACCACACUAAAACAUUGUCUGGGGCUCCAGAUGUUUCUCAUUUUAAAUUUUCCACUGACAAUUAGAGUAUGGAAUUUUUAAGGGACAUAUGAAUGAAUACAUAGCACUUGCUAUGUCAGAGUAAUCCUCUGGUUGAUAUAUUCAGCUUCCUGCUGCUGACAAUGCCACGGUUUAGAUUUAAUGAUGCUUCAGUCAAAGUCAGCGCAUCAGACGGCACGUUGAUGCUCCAGCCAGGAGGAAGACUAUGGUAGGGCUGGAGGGCUAUGGACUCCCUGCCAGUCCCUUAGAGGGAGCAGGCCCCUCUUGAAGUAAAGGAUUGCAUGAAUGUCCAUAACCUUACAGAGAGAUCUUUAUAAUUACAACUAAAUUAUUCUUUCCUCACAAACAGCAGUGGGUGUUUUGGUUUUCCGUUUUUUAAAGAUUUUUUUUCCCCAUUCCAAUGGGUUUGCUGCAAGACUUAAUUUAAAACAACCCUUGUGAAAAUGUGUAAGAUGGUAGCCCCAUCACAUUGUGAUACUGUUAAAUAUCUACCCAGAAGCCCAUGAACCAUGUUUUUCUCCUUGGCAUUUCUCUACACCUAAUUCCAGACAGGUUUGCAAGUGGGAAUGCAACUUGAUGCAAAUGUUCUGAACGGUACUCCAAACCCUUUUUGGUGGCUUAGGCAGGUUAAAUAAAAACCCAAACCAUUCAAAAAGAGGAGAACACUCAAGAGAACUAACUGGUUGGAAAAAGCUUUAUUCUUUCGUUUCAUCUUAUUAGUCUUUGAUUUUUGUUUAUCAUUCAUUCAAUAGAGAUCACCAUGUGACCUAUCAUUUUGCAAAUCUGUUACCUCUUACAUCAAGCGUAAUUAACUUUUGAAGAGUGGGUUUUGUUUGUUAUUUUACUAAUGAUAAUUAACAUCAAACAUGGCUUCUCAUGCUAUUUCUACCUCACUUUGGUUUUGGGGUGUUCCUAAUAAUUGUGCACACCUGAUUUCACAGCUUCACCAUCUAUCCAUUGUGUGAACAUUUUUCUCUAUUUUCUUUUUCCUUCCUGCUUUACAAAAGAAAACCCAAAGCUCUAAGGUAACAAAUUACAUAAAGAUUUGGUUUUAGUCUUGCAUUUUUUUUUCCUUUAUGUGACAUUGGACUUUUUCUUUACCCAAGGAUUUUUGUAUUUAACCAUGAUUUAAAACAAAGGGUUACUUUACUCCCUACUAAGAAGUUUAAGUUUCAUUCUAAAAUCAGAGGUAAAUAGAGUGCUUAAUUUUGAUUUAAUCUUUUUGUUUUAUUUUAUCUUUUAGACAUUAGUUCUGGAGUGAGUCUGUCAAAAUAUCUGAAUAAAAAAUGAGAGCUUUAUUGCUACGUUUUAAGCAUAA